GCAUGCGCCGUGGCUUCCAAGUCACCAACCCGGAAGUACUUUGAAGGUCUUGUGGCGACGUUGGACGUUAGAUAACAUUUCAAUGUUGUGGUUCCAGUGCCGAUGCUAAAAUGGGUGUUAAAAUAGAAAUGUUUAGAAUGAUGCUGUAUCUUUCCUUUCCCGUGACCAUGUUCUGGAUCUCGAAUCAAGCGGAGUAUUUUGAAGAGUACAUUGUAAAGAGGAAGAGGGAGAUCUUCCCCCCAGACGACGAACAGCGCAGGAAAGAGAUGGAGGACUUCAAAGAGCGAAUGCGCGCCCGCAAGGAGCAGCAACUAUUAAAGGCACUGACAAUGGGUUCUGAGAAUUGAGAAUUAUCUGUUAAAGAGAUGCUUUUAUACAAUUUACACCACUGCUGGAGGUUCAUCUGCCCGUAUUUGUUGGGUAAAACGAAAACUGGUGGGACUGCAGUAAGAGCAUGACACAUGGAAAUCUUUGAGUACACUCCUAAUAUGCCUUUGAGCUACAUGUGUCAUUGAAUCUCACUAGGAACACUGGAGUUGCCUGAAUUCUUUGUAUUUAAAUGACUGGUGAUUUGUUGUGAUUGCAUUGUCAUCAAAUAGUUAUUUGAGUAGUUUUCAGAAUCUAUAUCCUUUUUAUUUAUGUGUUUAUUGUUUUAGAACAUUUGAUCACAGCGAUGCAGCGAUUUAGCAUUUUUGGCAACAAUAAACCUGCAUUAAUACCAAAGCAAAUCUCCAUGAACUCUUGAAUUGAGCACACAUAAUUUUUCGUGGGACAGAGAUGAUAGUACCUAUUGCUCUUAUUCUUUAAUUCACCAUCUUGGUAACCUUUUAUUUGUGUUUUGGGUUAUUUUGUUGGGAAAUAAAAUUUCAAAAUUCCCUA